ACAGACAGGUGUUGAACGAAUGGAUGAUGGCUGGCUGGCUGGCGAGAGAAAUAUUUCUAAAUCUUUCCGCAUGAUGGAACUGCUCUCCAAACCUUGGGACGGGGUGUGUCUUCCCAAACCUUAGCCCUCUUUUUUGAAGAUGUAUGGUGUCUCUGAACUUUCUCCCCGACAUCGGUUGCUUCUAGCGUGCCCAGAAACCCACCUGUCUCUCUUGUUCUCCUAGAUGUCCACUCUCCAGCUCAACGUCUCUUCGGGGGCAGCCAAAGGCAAGUGCAAAGCCGUCUUCAUCCUGAACUCCAACACCAGCUUCGUCCUGAGCAUCCAUUCAGACGAAGAUUGCCACCUCCUCGUCCAUCACAGUCCUCAUAGCUUUGUCAUACCUUCUUCCAACCAUAACUCCACCGUAAUCCUGGUACCUUACUCCAGCGAGCAACUUUUGAGGUGGGCCAAGGAAACGUACGGCGGGAUCUCUUCCUUUGCGGAGUUAGAAGACCCUCAACGGAUUCUGUUCCAAGUAGGGAGAGGUGGGUCUUGUUAAAACCUUGCUCAGUAAAGAUUUCGUCCCCUUCCCAGCUCAGCUUUCUCUGGGACACCCCCCAAAU